AUGUCAACCUCGGUUGAGAAGAAAGAUGAGUCUGCCGUUAGUGGCAUAAAUGAUGCUGCGACAUCGCCGUCAUCUAGUAGCCUGUCAGAGGGCACCGGUAUUAACGAGAAGAAGUUGCUGCGGAAGUUAGACUAUCGUCUUCUUCCUCCGUUGAUUCUGCUCUAUCUGCUUUCCUUUCUGGAUCGAAGUAAUGUUGGCAAUGCUCGACUCGAAGGAAUGACCGAUGAUAUCAAGAUGUCGGGAGACCAAUACCUCACUGGGUUGACCUUGUACUUCAUUGGUUACGUUCUUUUCGAGAUCCCAGCCAACGUUGUCCUCAAAAUGACCACUCCGAGAAUCUGGCUACCUACAUUAACUCUUAUCUGGGGUAUUGUUGCGACAUUGUUGGGUAUCGUUCAGAAUUACUCGGGCUAUCUCUCCUCCCGAUUCUUCCUGGGUGUUGCAGAAAGUGGUCUCUUCCCUGGAGUGGUAUUUUAUCUUUCCAUGUGGUACAAACGAAACGAGCAGCACUAUCGCGUUGCAUUAUUUUUCAGCGCGGCUAGUCUUGCCGGUGCUUUUGGCGGUAUAUUGGCAUGGGGUAUCGCACACAUGAAAGGCGUUGGCGGAUACAAUGGAUGGAGAUGGAUUUUUAUAUUAGAAGGCCUUCUCACAAUCAUCGUGUCUAUAGUUGCCUACUUUUGGGUUUACAACUAUCCAGACACCGCCGAGUUCCUAACUGAAGAGGAGCGCGAUUUCAUUCAAUUUCGCCUCAAGAAUGACAGUGAUGCUACUCGAGAUGAAGCAUUUACCUGGUCUGCAGUGCUGGAUGCGUUCAAGGACCCCAAGACUUGGCUCUAUGGUCUCGGCUUCCAUACAAUGAGUCUCCCACUGUAUACGCUUUCUCUUUUCCUGCCGACUAUCAUUAAGGAACUGGGCUAUUCCGCGGCUCAAGCACAGUUGCUCAGUGUACCUCCCUACGCCGUGGCGUUCUGCACGACUAUCGGCGUUGCCAUUUUAUCGGAACGAUUACGCCUUCGAGCUCCUUUUAUCAUGGGAUCUUCGGCGCUGGCUUGCAUUGGAUAUAUUCUUUUGAUCUCACAACACCGACCUGGGGUGUCCUACCUCGGUACUAUUUUUGCUGCGGCGGGUAUCUAUCCUGCGGUUGCCAUUGUCCUCUCGUGGCCUGCAAACAAUGUGUCAGGUCAAACCAAGAGAUGCAUCGCCAAUGCGAUGCAGAUCUCGAUUGGGAACCUGGGAGCGGUCAUUGGAACACAGCUGUAUCGGACUGAAACAAGUCCCCGGUAUUUCCUUGGACAUGGCUUUGCCCUGGGUUACCUUGUCGCCAAUAUCUUUGUGGUAGGAAUUCUGUGGAAAGUUCUUCAGAGAGAAAAUGUUGAAAAGGAACGUGUACGUGAAGCACAGGGACUUCGACCUUUGAUGGGUGACAUUGGCGAUGCAGAUGGUGAUUUCUUGGGUGACAAGGAUCCGCGAUGGGUUUUCCAAACCUGA